UUAGAUUACUCAAAUUUUAUUUUAUUUAUUUUAUUUUUUUGAAUGACUAGUAAUUUUAAUUAUCUUUUUCUUUACAUGCAGGAGUAAAAGUUUUAUAUACUUUGUGAUUUCUUUUUUGGUGAGAAAGUUAGACUAAUGAAACUAGUGUAAUGAUUAAUGCAUUAUGAUAAUGAUUAGUUAAAUAUUUAUAAAAUAAAAAACAAAGGUAGUGGAAGCGAUGGCAUGGAGAAGUCAUUAUGUAGAGAGAGUUAUUAAUAUUUUAUUAUUUGAAUAUUAAGCUGACCGUUGUAACUUAUUUUUAUCCAUUGACGAGAGUAACAUACUGCUCCUGUGUGGUAGCAGUGAGAGAACAUUGAGGAAACAUGGCUAUACACAUCCCCAUCUUGGAGCAGUUAGACUAGUCCUAUCCUAUCAUGGAAGGAUGGGUCUACCAGUUACAGCCCGUAUGUCGCUACUGGACACCAGAUACCUCAAGUACGAGCAUGCAGUAAUUGGCACGAUUGUCACAACACUCAACACAGGAAGUGUUGUUUUGACCUUCUUUCCCAAUUUCAAUCUAUCCCUCAACGAUCCCUAUCUAUCCACUGCACUUAAAGUACAAGUCCAGAUAACAGGGGCAAAUCAAGUAGAUAACGCUCUCUCUGCGACUCUACAUUAUCAGAUAGUCUACAGAUUAUAGGAUCAUACCUUUAAUCUGCAGAUCCCAGGCUUUCAAGCCUCCUCUGAUGCUCUGUUCAUUAUGGCUGACUCUGGCCAGAUUUCUACGAUUGUCCAGGCCCCCAGACAACUGGAAAAGGAAGAUCUUCAAAAGUUGAUCCCAACUGAAUGGGUAACCAACUAUGAAAAGCUUCAGGCAUCCCAAGCUAAGCCUGUUCAAGCUACUGACCCUCUUUUUGUCAAUCAAAAGGACGGGACUGUCAAGACGAUCUUCACAAAGACAGGAGAAUCUUCUUCUGCACCAACUAUCUUCCAAGCAUCAAUGAUUCAGCCUGUAUCUAGACCCAGAGAAAAGAUCUCUAUCCACUCAUUCCAGUCCUCUGGACAUCAGGUUUAUACUGCUAAAGUAAAAGGACACUUCAUCUGGGAUGUUGACCCAGGAAUGUGCCAACCAGGAUGCACCUAUGAAGAUGAUCUGGAUUUUGCUGAACUUUGUUUUCAGCAUUCUAACAAAAAUUCACGAGUUAUGACUCCAGACUCUCCAUGCUCAGCCAUGGAACCAAGGCCGGAUGACCGGGAUCCAGACGAUCCUUGGAUGGGCAUUCCUCAGAAACAAAAGCAGAGCAAAGCACCGCUCCCAAUGUUCAAUGAGGCCAUAAACCUUCUCGCAAAAGAAGGAAAGACUGUUCUUGACAUCUCUUUUGAUGAAAUGAAAGAACUCUUGGCCCAAUUGGGAAUUGAAUUUGGGAAAAGUCCUUCUGCAACCUGUAGAAAGGAAAUCCAGGCUGAUCUAUCAGUAGUACAACCACCAAUCCAAGGUUGUUACAUGUUCCAACCGGAAGACUUCCCUCCUUUGGGGAAAAUGGAGAAUAAGAGAUCUGAAAUCCUUCCUUCAAGGAUUACUCCUUCCGAAUCUAUAGAGCCCAUCACACCACCAGAAGAGGUUCUGAACUGGCAAACCUCCAACUCUAUUGUCCAGAAUUCCUAUUUAAAGAAAAUAGAUGGAAAACUGGAUCAGGCUCUACACCUGGCUCAUAAACUGGAUCACAAGUUGGAUACAUUCUCUUAAGAAGUACUCCAGCUCUAUUCAUCGCUCACUGCCAAAUAUCAGGCUCUGGAUAAAGAGCUUCGAGUUUGACUAUUAUUAUUAUUAUUAUUAUUAUUUAAAUCGUAACCUAACUCUUACCGACUUAUGCUUAUGCAAUUGAAAUAGUAACCUGUUAUCUACUUGUGCUUAUCUUAUCCUAUCCUGAUCUACACUAAAUAGUAGCAACUGAUGUUUACUAAUGAAAUGGCUCAGUAAACUGGAAAAACCCCUCUUUAAGAUCCCCGUAUUAUCCGUGGUAUAUCCAAAUAAUAGGCAUGAGUUAUUAAAUCGUUAGUUUCUUAUACAUUUAGUGUAAUUUACUGAUAGAGAACUGAAACUUGUAAAAUUCAAUAUUAUGUCAAAUUAUAUAUAAAAAUUUCUUUUGCUCUCCCUAGCCCUAUGUCUCUUAUCUCUUUGAGUUCUUCUUUCACUAGGGCAAUUUCCUUAAAAAACAAACUAAAACAUAUAAGGAGACAUAUUCGUGCAUGAAUCUUUGAGAGGCAGCAUUACCAUAACAGGCUCCGAAGCGGCACCCCCAGGCAAAGGAAGCAACAUUUCCAGAGGCAUCAUGGUCGGGGGGGAUGGACAUGAGGGGUGGAGUAUAUUAUGUAAGAUUUUUUUGCACAUUGAAGGGUAAGCCUUUGAUGUACUAUUCAAACAGGAAUCUUUCCACAUUUUAUAGGACCAAAAGCUUUAUUCU